GAAGGAGACAAGUGGACCUGGUUCUGUUCUGCCACAGUCACUGACAGCAGAGGACCGCGUGUAAACACACUUAUUGGACUUAUUGGGGGAUUGUUCCAAAUCCACAUUCAGAGACCUGGACCUGGACCUGGUGUUGGACCUCAGUUCUUGGUAGCGUGUGACAUGUCAGGGCAGAAGUCCGGCACCGGCGCUCCAGCAGAGAGCCGCUUCCACGUGGACGUGGUCAACGAGGGCCCUCAGACCUGCACGGAUGGAUCCAGAACAUCCGAGGAGUCCAAAGGACGCUUCAGGGUGGGCUUCACGGACCCGGGGGCGCUGGACAGCGCGGCCGACAUCGGGCUCCCGCCGGACGUGAGCCACGAGCCGGACUCCGUGCGCAGCGACUCGGUGAGCUUGCACUCCACCGGGACGGGCCAGACCCAGAUGUCGGACACGCACUCCAACACGUACUACAUGAGGACCUUUGGACACAACACCAUCGACGCCGUGCCCAACAUCGACUUUUACCGGCAGACCGAGGCGCCGCUUGCCGAGAAGAUGAACAGACCUUCUCUGGCAGAACUUCACGACGAGCUGGACAAAGACCCCCUGGAGGACGGGAUGGCCAACGGAGAGGAGUCAUCGGCGGCCGAGGAGGCGGCGGCGAGGGCGGCGAAGGAGGCCAAAGGAGGAACGGUCAAGUUCGGUUGGGUGAAAGGCGUCCUGGUGAGAUGCAUGCUCAACAUCUGGGGCGUGAUGCUCUUCAUCAGGAUGUCCUGGAUUGUUGGACAGGCUGGCAUCGGACUGACCAUCUGCAUCAUCCUGAUGGCCACGCUGGUCACCACCAUCACGGGUCUGUCCACCUCCGCCAUCGCCACCAACGGCUUUGUGCGAGGAGGAGGAGCGUACUACCUGAUCUCCAGGAGCUUGGGUCCGGAGUUCGGCGGCUCCAUCGGGCUCAUCUUCGCCUUCGCCAACGCGGUGGCCGUGGCCAUGUACGUGGUGGGCUUCGCCGAGACGGUGGUGGAGAUGCUCAACGACGUGGACGCGCUGAUGACGGACGAGCUGAACGACAUCCGCAUCGUGGGAACGCUGACCGUCAUCCUGCUGCUGGGAAUCUCAGUGGCCGGGAUGGAGUGGGAGGCCAAGGCUCAGAUGGUGCUGCUGGUCAUCCUGCUGGGAGCCAUCGGGAAUUACUUCAUCGGAAGCUUCAUGGCCACGGAAGACAAGAAGCCCAAAGGGUUCUUUGGAUACCAAAGUCCGUCCGCAAACGUCUUCAUGUUGUUGCCGUGUCUCCUUCUUUUAUUUACCGUAUUCACCGCAGCGGCCAUCUUUGUGGAGAACCUGGGUCCGGACUUCAGAGAAGACGAGACCUUCUUCUCCAUGUUCGCCAUCUUCUUCCCAGCGGCCACGGGCAUCCUGGCGGGAGCCAACAUCUCAGGAGACCUGAUGGACCCUCAGUCGGCCAUCCCCAAGGGGACGCUGCUCGCCAUCGUCAUCACAGGCAUCACCUAUGUGGGCGUGGCCAUCUCGGCAGGGUCUUGCAUCGUCAGGGACGCCACGGGCGACCUCAACGACACGCUGAGCGACACGGUCAACUGCAGCGAUGCCGCCUGCACGCUGGGCUACGACUUCGCCAUCUGCAAGGAGGGAGGAUGCCAGUACGGCCUGAUGAACGACUUCCAGGUGAUGAGUUUGGUGUCGGCCUUUGGUCCUCUCAUCACGGCAGGGAUCUUCUCGGCCACGCUGUCGUCAGCUCUGGCCUCGCUGGUCAGCGCUCCCAAAGUCUUCCAGGCUUUGUGUAAGGACAACAUCUACCCGGGUCUCGGCGUCUUCGCCAAAGGUUACGGCAAGAACAACGAGCCCCUGCGUGGCUACGUGCUGACCUUCUGCAUCGGACUGGCCUUCAUCCUCAUCGCCGAACUGAACAUCAUCGCUCCCAUCAUCUCCAACUUCUUCCUGGCGUCCUACGCCCUCAUCAACUUCUCCGUCUUCCACGCCUCCUUGGCCAACUCUCCAGGGUGGCGCCCGAGCUUCAAAUACUACAACAUGUGGGUGUCGCUGGCGGGAGCCAUCUUGUGCUGCGUGGUGAUGUUCGUCAUCAACUGGUGGGCGGCGCUGGUCACGCUGCUCAUCGUGCUGGCCCUCUACAUCUACGUCAGCUACAAGAAGCCUGACGUCAACUGGGGCUCGUCCACUCAGGCUCUGAUCUACAACCAGGCUCUGACCCAGUGUCUCAACCUGACUGGGGUGGAGGACCAUGUCAAGAACUUCAGGCCCCAGUGUUUGGUUCUGACCGGGUACCCAAAUUGUCGUCCCGCUCUGCUCCAGCUGGUCCAUUCCUUCACCAAGAACGUGGGCCUGAUGGUCUGCGGACACGUCAGGAUCGUGCGGCGGCGUCCCAACGUGAAGGAGGCAUCCCAGGAGAACGCCCGCUGUCAGCGCUGGCUCAACAAAAAGCGCAUCAAAGCUUUCUACGCUCCCGUCUUCUCUGAUUCGCUGAGACAUGGCGUGCAGUUCCUGCUUCAGUCGGUGGGUCUGGGGCGCCUGAGGCCCAACACGCUGGUCCUGGGCUUCAAGAACAACUGGAUGGACGGAGACAUGAACGACGUGGAGACGUACAUCAACACCCUCCACGACGCCUUUGACCUGCAGUUCGGAAUGGUGAUCCUGCGUCUUCGGGAGGGACUGGACGUCUCUCACAUCCAAGGACAAGACGAGAUCCUGUCGUCGCAGGAGAAACCGCCGCUCGGCGGUAAGAACACGGUGGUUACAGUCAGUCUGACCAAAGACUCGGACUCGGACUCUUGUCCCUCUAAAACCACCAGCGCCCAGAGCAGCCCUCUCAUCAUCAGAGACAGCAAACCAGCCAUGAGUCUGAGCGACCAGCGCCUGCUGGAGUCCAGUCAGCAGUUCAAGAAGAAACAAGGCAAAGGAACCAUCGACGUGUGGUGGCUCUUUGACGACGGAGGUUUGACUCUGCUGGUUCCGUAUCUGCUGACCAACCGGAGCAAGUGGGCUGACUGCAGGAUCCGGGUCUUCAUCGGUGGGAAGAUCAACCGAAUCGACCACGACCGCCGCAUGAUGGCGACUCUGCUCAGCAGAUUCCGCAUCGAUUUCUCGGACAUCAACGUGCUGGGAGACAUCAACACCAAGCCCAAAAAGCACAAUAAGCUAACGUUCAAGGAGCUGAUGGAGCCGUACCGACUGAAGGAGGACGACAUGGAUCAGGACGAGGCCGAGCGGCUGAAGGCUCAGCAGCCGUGGAGGAUCACCGACAAUGAGCUGGAGCUCUACAAGGCCAAGACCAACCGUCAGAUCCGACUGAACGAGCUGCUGAAGGAACAUUCCAGCAACGCCAAGCUCAUCGUCAUGACAAUGCCCCUGGCGAGGAAGGGGGCGGUGUCUAGCGCCCUCUACAUGUGCUGGCUUGAAACGCUGUCCAAGGAUCUUCCACCUCUGCUGUUGGUCCGAGGAAACCACCAGAGCGUCCUCACCUUCUACUCCUAACACACACACACACACACAGCAUGGACUGUAUGAAUAAAGUGUACAAUAAAGUAAGGUCACCUCCAUGCGUGUACACUAACAAGCUGUGACGUUGUGAGCUAGCUAGGUGGCUAGUUAGCAUGGAGGUUUCUGUUACAAAACGACAACAAAAUGCAAUUUUUUUCCCUCUCCCUUGAAUAUAUUUAAUUCCUAAUGCUCACUAAUCUUACUCAUGUGUGUGAGUUGUGUCCAUAUGAGUCUAGAGAUGAAAUUUUAUUUUUUUUCCCCUGAUACUACAUUAAAACGGUGGAAUAGUUAGCUAGCUAGCGAGCUAGCUAAUUUGGUAACGUGAUUUUAAUAAAAAUAUUAAGUUCACUAUGUGUU